AUGCAACUCAAGCCCUCUUCUCAUCACAUCGUAGGCAUCGGUGGCCAGACGGCCGUCAAAGGCACUGGCUCAGUCGAACUCCGCACUGAUCGGGGAGUUUUGGUCAAACUCAACAACGUCCACUUCGCGCCCAAUGCUCCCGCCAACAUCGUUUCCGUCUUCCAAAUGGGUUCCAAAGGCGUCCGCACGUCUUUCACCAGAGGUCGAGCCGAACUCAGCACCGUCCAAUCAGGUAUCUUCGCAACAGCUACAGCCACGACGUCUAACCACUAUCGUCUCAAUGUCAUAGGUUAUGAGCCCACAAUCUACCAGCAAAGCCACUAA